AUGCCAAGCGCGGAAGAGGUUGCCGAACGAGCGAGGAAUUUGCGCGCUUGGCACUUGACCCUCCAAUCGUGAAUCUUGCAUCAUUGUGCGCGCAAACUGAUCGUCGCUUGGUGCUGCUUGCCCAUGUAGCUCACAGAUCGAUGACAAUGAAGUUCGCAUGUCGAUAUCAUCGUCAUCGCCUCGCUAGACCAUCUACUCCUCCGAACGCUAAAUACUACGCUACGGAUCAGACGCAAGUUCAAAUGACGACAGUACAGUUGCUCGCUAAUUCCAAGCAUAGCGGUGCUUCAGCGUGCUCCUCGAUCGUCGUCGUCCAGCGAGAUCGCAUGUCUCGCUUUGUCGAGCGUGUCGCACCACCCACCUUUCUUUCGGAUCACGUGGCAUGA